AUGGCCAAGGAUUACCUGGCCAAUCAACUCAAUGCCAAGGUCCAUGAUGGAGAGGUCGACCUGGACGACAAUAUUAUUGCCCAGUUUCCAAAGGGAGCUGUAGUCACGAGCAGUCGUGGACACGGAGCCAGCAAUUGGAACGAGACCGCUCGGAUCGACAUAGAGCUUGACGGGGACCAGAAGUCAUACUUCCUCAAGCGGACCAAGGGACAGGUCGGCGGACCCAUGCUACACGGGGAAUUCGAGUCGAUGCGCAUGAUCCACGCCGUCAUUCCGGCCUUUUCUCCAAAGCCUCUCAGCUGGGGGAAAUGCACCGAUUCCAACAUUCAUUAUCUCCUCUUUGAAUUCCACGAGCUCAAGAAAGGACUGCCCGAUCCUCACCGAAUGAGCAAUGUUGUCGCGCAGCUACACACUCGUAGUGUCGAGCACAACACAUCCGGCAAGUGGGGAUUCCACAUGACCACUUACAACGGACCAAUACCGCAGGACAAUACUUGGACCAAUACUUGGGAGGAGAACUGGAUACGUGCAAUGCGACAACUGUUCGCCCAUGAGAGGGGCGCCAGAGGACCCAGCGACGAGCUGGAUCAGCUCUUGCCUGCUUACUUUGAGAAAGUGUGUCCUAGACUCCUGCGUCCACUCGAGACGCGUGGGCGCAGUAUCCAGCCGGUGCUGAUUCAUGGCGACUUGUGGAUUGGAAACAUGGGUACACAAGCUGGCUCGGAAGAUCCUUUGAUGUUUGACUCUUCGGCUUUCUGGGGACACAACGAGUAUGAACUGAGCUAUAUGCGCCCCAUGGCACAGGAAUCGGGUGGAUGGGCUGAAAAGUACAUUGAGUCGUACCACAAACUCAUACCAAGGUCUGAACCCCAGGGUGACUGGGAGGCUCGACAUGCGCUUUACGCUACCCGAGUCGUUGUUGUGGAUUCCGCAUUAUAUAAAGACAAGGAGAAUUUUCGAAAGAUUCUAAUCGACCUAGUCCGGGAGUUGGUUGAGCGCUUUCCAGAGGGUUAUACCGGAAAGGAAUAG